AAACUGCAAAACACCAACAAAUGUAGAUGAAACCUUCUUGCAGGCAACCACUAGGUCAAAUCCAAUCCAAGUCAACAAAAGAAAGUAAAUUUAAGGAGAUCAACGAAACCUGGACAAUCUUGUGCAUAUCUAAAACAAUUGAGCAUCCGAUGGAAAAUAAACUAAAGAUCCUAUGUCUACAUGGAUACAGGCAAGAUGGGCCUACAUUUAGAUCUAAAAUAGGCUCUCUAAGAAAAGCUUUUAAAAAUAUUAUCUUCGAUACUGUGGAUGCACCUCACAUAUCAAAUAUUCCUAGUCAUGAUGCUGAAAAUAAGCAAGAUUUAGCUGCCUCGAAUCCUAGAAGUUGGUGGUUCACAGACACUAAUAAAACUUAUGUAUCCAAAAUUGAGAGUGACAUUGCAGAAUGUUUUGAAGAAAGUGUUUCUUACAUUCAGGACCAUGUAAAUAAAAACGGCCCUUAUGAUGGUCUAUUUGGCUUUUCACAAGGUGCAACAUUUGCAGCCUUGAUUUGUUGUUUGAUACAAAAAGGAGAAUUCCAAGCAAAUUUUAAAUUUGUUAUUAUUGGUGCUGGUUUUCGUUCUUUGUGCAAACCGCAUUUACAUUAUUAUAAUACAAAAUUAGUAAUCCCUUCAUUGCACAUCAUCGGUGAAACCGAUCAAGUUAUUUCAAAAGAGAGGUGUGAAAGUCUAUUGGAAAUCUUUGAAAACCCUCAAAUACUAAGGCAUCCUGGAGGGCAUUACAUUCCAGCUUCUAAGGAAUUCAAACAUGUUUAUAAAGAAUUUUUUGAUAGAUUUCGAUGAACUGUGACAAAAUAAUUAUGUAUCCUAUACUUUAAUAAAAAAAAAAUACGGAUCACA